AUAUUUUGUUUUUACUGUAGGAUAAGACUUUUGGCACAGCUGGGGAAACUGUUGUUGUUGAAGAACUUCUUGAAGGAGAAGAAGUUUCUUGCUUAUGUUUCACUGAUGGCAUCACAAUUGCUCCCAUGCCUCCAGCCCAGGACCACAAGCGAUUAAUGGAUGGAGAUGAAGGCCCUAACACUGGAGGGAUGGGAGCUUAUUCCCCAGCACCUCAGAUUUCUAAAGAUUUACUGCAGAAAAUAAGAGAUACAAUUCUUCAGAAAACUGUUGAUGGCAUGAGGAAAGAAGGUGUCCCCUAUUUUGGUGUGCUUUAUGCUGGAUUAAUGCUUACCAAAGAUGGACCUAAAGUUCUAGAGUUUAACUGCAGAUUUGGUGACCCAGAAUGUCAGGUAAUUCUUCCACUGUUGAAAAGCGAUUUGUAUGAAGUUAUGCAAGCGGUUAUCAAUAAAAAGUUGUCUAGUUCCAUGCCAGUUUGGUUUGAAGACAAUGCAGCUGUGACGGUGGUCAUGGCUAGCGAAGGGUAUCCAGGAACAUAUCCCAAGGGUUUGGAAAUAACAGGACUUUCUAAGGCUAAGCAACUAGGAUUGGAGGUGUUCCAUGCAGGCACGUCCCUAAAGGAUGGCAAAGUGGUGACUAGUGGUGGAAGAGUCCUGACAGUAACUGCUAUUAAAGAGGAUCUAAUGACAGCACUGCAAGAAGCCAACAAGGGAGUAGCAGCCAUACACUUCAAGGGUGCCAUUUAUAGAAAGGACAUUGGUUAUCGGGCUAUAGCUUUCCUGAGACAAUCCAGAGGCCUGACUUACAAAAACAGUGGGGUAGACAUCGCAGCAGGCAAUACUUUGGUUCAGAAAAUUAAGCCCCUAGCUGCAGCCACAUCAAGGUCAG